AUGAAUGUGGAGAAACAUGUUUUUAAGCGUAAGCUUAAGAAACUUCUGGAUGCGGCAAAGCCAAAAAUGUCAAAAAUUGAUAAAGAUGGAUUAGCAAUAGAGAAAGGGCUGAAUGAGGAGUCACAACCUGUUGAAAAUUCAGAAGCUGAACACACUUCGUCUACUGAUGUUGUUUCAUAUCUAUCAUCAACCACAUUUGCAUCUCUUGAAAGCAUGUUGUCAAAGCCGACUUUACUCGCAGUUGCUGAAAUGGGUUUUACUAAAAUGACUGAAAUACAAGCAAAAUGUAUUGAACCUUUAUUACAGGGCCGUGAUGUGUUGGCAUCAGCCAAAACUGGAAGUGGAAAAACAUUGGCAUUUCUCAUUCCAGCUGUUGAGUUGCUUGUAAAACUUGAGUGGAAAGCACGUAAUGGCACAGGAGUAAUUGUUAUCUCGCCAACAAGGGAACUGUCCAUGCAGAUAUAUGGAGUUUUAAGUGAAAUUCUAGAGAAGCAUCCGGCUUUAACCCAUGGUUUAAUAAUGGGUGGUACCAGUCGACAAACAGAAGCACAGAAAUUAUCCAGAGGUGUCAGUUUCCUUGUUUCAACGCCUGGUCGUUUGCUGGAUCAUUUACAGAAUACAGAUGACUUCAUGGUAAAAAAUUUGAAAUGUCUGAUCAUCGAUGAAGCAGAUCGUAUAUUGGAUAUUGGUUUCGAAAUCGAGAUGCAGCAGAUACUACGACUUUUGCCAAAAAAACGUCAAACGAUGUUUUUCUCAGCUACACAAACACCGAAAGUUGAGGAGCUCAUCAAAAUCGCACUCCAUACAGAUCCUAUAAAAAUUGGCAUCAGUGAAAUGAACUUUAAAAAUGGAAAUGAAUUAGCAACAGUUUCUGGUCUGCAACAGGGUUAUGUUGUUUGUCCAUCUGAAAAGCGAUUUUUACUGCUUUUUACGUUUUUGAAAAAGAAUCGAGAUAAGAAAGUGAUGGUGUUUUUUUCAUCGUGCAAUUCAGUGAAGUAUCAUCACGAAUUGUUGAAUUAUAUCGAUAUCCCUGUACAGUGUAUACAUGGUAAGCAAAAACAGCAGAAACGAACGUGCACAUUCUUUUCAUUUUGCCAAGCAAAAUCAGGCAUUUUGCUUUGCACAGAUGUUGCUGCCCGUGGACUUGACAUACCGCAGGUUGAUUGGAUUGUACAAUAUGACCCACCAGAUGAGCCACGGGAAUAUAUUCAUCGCGUUGGGCGUACGGCUCGUGGUGUUACCGGUACUGGUCAUGCACUGUUAAUAUUGCGUCCUGAAGAGCUUGGCUUUCUUCGUUACCUGAAGCAUGCAAAAGUUGUGCUUAAUGAAUAUGAAUUUUCAUGGAGCAAAGUUGCAAAUAUACAACUGCAGCUAGAAAAACUUAUUGAACAAAAUUAUUAUUUGAAUAAAUCGGCUAAGGAAGCUUAUAAAUGUUACAUAAGGGCAUAUGAUUCACAUUCUUUAAAAAGUAUAUUUGACAUUAACACAUUGGAUCUUAUUGCCGUUUCAAAAUCAUUCGGUUUUUCCACUCCUCCCUUCGUCGAUCUACCAAUAUCAAAUAAACCCAAGGUACUUGUGAGAUCAAAGCUAAGCGGAGCAGGCUACAGGAAAAAACCGAAGGCAUUUAAGCAGUUGCAUAAGCGAUGA